AUGACAUAUUUCUGGUUUCCUACCCAAAAUCUGAAGGGAGCACUAACAAAUUAUUUUAAGGAAGGACACAGCAAGUGUAAAGGGAAACUACUCCACAAACCAGGCACCCAUUGGCUGGCAGAAGUCAUUGAGCGCAUUCCCGAUGCUGGCAUCACACUCACAUCGCCUCUUGAAUUGGGAGACGUUUCUAAAUUUGAAGACCUGAAAAGGAUUCUGAAGAGAAGAGCUAUCCCGACCCAUCUGAACUAUGAAAUGCUUCCUGUGACUGUGAAACAGAAGCAGUGCAAGAUUAUCUACAUCGUCAGAAAUCCGAAGGAUACAGCCGUGUCCAUGUUCCACUACUACAGGGACAACCCCAAUCUCCCUUCCACGGAAACAUGGGCUGCGUUUUUAGAGCUGUUCCUCAAAGGAGAUGUUGUGUAUGGUUCCUGGUUUGAUCACGUUUUGAGUUGGGAAGAACACAAAAACGAUAAAAACGUCCUAUUCAUCUUCUAUGAAGAAAUGAAAAAAGAUUUUGUUAAGAGCCUAAAGAAAAUAACUGCUUUCCUUGGCAUCAACGUGAAUGACAGCGAGAUGGGUAAGAUCGCUCGGAGUACGUCAUUCAGUGAAAUGAAAAGUAAUGCGGCCAAAGAAAACUGUGAUCCCAAUCACGUCAUCUGUGCCCUCACGUCCGACAGGAACCUGGUGUUCAGAAAAGGAGUGGUGGGUGAUUGGAUAAACUACUUCACUCCGAAGCAGAACAGAGUCUUUGAUGAACUAUUCACGGAGAAGAUGAGAAACAGUGACGUGGGCAGAUGCUUGAAGGAGUAUGCCCAUUCGCAGAAUGCAUGAUGGAGUACGCGCAAUCAGAUGGGAUGUGAAGUGGAUUCCGUUCUCUGCCGCGUGGCGCCUGGGAAACAUGUAAAUAUGCUUUAUUGAUGUGGAAAACAGAUAGUUCUUUCCGUGAAAAAGACGGACUUCAAAAAUGUGUCAAAAGCGGCACUCUCGAGACUCUAUUAUCAUCGUAUUUGGUGACAGCAGAAUUAUUAA